UUAAUUCUUGGGCCGAUGCAGGCUGGGGGAAUAUGCAUGCCUCUCCACUCAUUAUUGGACACCCAAGUUCCGAGAACAACAUUGACUCCAUUUAUAUACACCACGCGAUUCAUCUAUAAAUUGUCCAUCGGCCUUACUGGACCUUGAGUGCGGGUACAUGUAACCCCUCACUGCAUACAGGGUAAACCACCCUCUACCAAGAUCCCUCUCGCCUCUCCACACUAGAUGGCCAGCGGUGAUGGUGCAACGAGAUUGUCCUUGCAUGUCCGGAUUCCAACAACCGAGCAUACUCUUUGGGGCUCUGCUGGGAAAGAGCUCUCUGUCGAUGUGAUUCAACAGAAAGAUACCCAAAAUGUGCACCAAGUUUCUAUCAUCCCGGACUUGGACGAAGAAUCCUCCUCGGUUUUCGCAUCGUUGUUUGCCCCGUUCUAUAGCAUUGCGAAGGCUGCUCAGAACUUUCUCGGAUUUCAUAAGUUAUAUAAUCUGCCUCUUUGGAUAAUCUUCGGUGGUGCCUUGGCAGGUUUUUGCAUCUCAAGAAUGCCGGAUUACAACAGGUCCUUUUUAAUUAACAGUAUUGGGGUGGAAAAUUGGUAUUGGUAUCGGAAUGAACCUUACCGUCUCGCCCUUUACCUGCACCUUGCCACGGCUCUACCAGCUGGUCUCUUGGCCCCAUUACAAUUCAUCCCAGCGAUCCGAAUCAAGAAAAUAAUCGUUCAUCGAACGAUCGGUUAUUUUUGCCUCUUCAUGGUUUUUGUCGCAUCCAUGGGGGGUUUCAUCCUAAGCCGACGUGUUCCUAGCGAAGAUCCUGCUGGUAUUUUGUACGCUAUCGCACUGGGAGCCAUUUCAUUGUUCAGCCUGUUCAUGGCGUGGAUCAAUAUCGUCAGACUUCAGAUCGAUCAACACAGGAAGGCUUGGGUCGUGUUGGGGUCUGUUAUAUCUAUGCGACUGAUUCGCCUUGCUACGCAGCGCUGUAUCGACAGGGUCGGGUCCUACUCUAUCACGUACUCUUGCGAUAAUGCCCUCUUUAUCAUUGGAGGCAAUUCCACAUUACUCGGUAAACUCUUUCCGGCAUGUCUUACUGCACCCGAUCCGCAUUCCUAUUUCGUCGCCGUGACCGCGAAUUCAAAAUCGGGAGGGAUACUCGGACAUGUUGCCACACUUCGUCUUAGCUAUGCACUUUCGUCCUGGCUAUCGCUCAUACUGCACAUUAUCCUCGUGGAAGUCUACAUACAUCUGACAGCAGCUGAAUCAGAACGCUUGCGUAUCUAUUCGUACCAAAGGCAGCUUGCAAAGGGAUACAAACGUCCUGGCAGCUCUGGUUUCACCGCCGACCGUCUAGGUGAUGCCAAAUGGACACCUCCCGCUACUAUUAUGCCAUCGAACGUUUGAGAAAUGGCACUUGGUCAGGAGAUGCUAUUAGUGGGACCGGAAAUGAGUCGUACGAAUAAACCUGAACGAUAUUCAUUUCGAUCCGUUGCUGGAUCUAUGGAUCCUAAAAGGA